AUGUUAACUGCUGCUGUAGAGAAAUAUACUUCAAGUUUAUCCGAACUGAGUUUGUCUCAGUCAAGUUCAGAGGAUCCGACAGUGAAAAUUCAAAUCAAACCUACACAAGAUGAAAACGACAUUGAAUUUAUAGAGGUCCAAAUUGGAAGGACUGUUGCUACACAUAAGUAUUGUUGUAUUUGCAACGUCACUAAAAAUAUUACUGUUGUUCCCGAAGCAGCUCGUAUACAAUCUUUUAUUAAAAACCGAAUUUAUAUUCCACAAGGAAAUCGAUGUUGUAAAACACAUUUAAUAAACAAUCGUUUUUACAAAGAAGAUCUGAAUCUUAUCAAAGUAUACUCUAAUUCAACUAAAAUAGAUGCAGUUGAAUUGAAACAUAUCAUGGAAUGCUUUGCAAUCGAAUGUGAUUCUACANUACUAGAUCAAAUUGGAAAUCGACUUUCUGAAGAACAAAUUCAUGUUUUUACNGGUUUAACGUGGGAAAAUAUUAUCGAGCUUCAAGACAUGUUAAAGUCAAUGCGGAACAAUCAAGCUCGUAGUGUAACGCAAGCUCUGGUUGUAUUUCUCUUCAAAUUACGAACAGGAAAUUCAAAUAAAUUGAUAUCUUCUUUUUUACAACUUAAAAAAGAACAGCUUGUUUCAGAAUAUUCGGCAUCUGUGAUUAAAGCGUUUCAUAAAGAUGUGCUUUCUUCUCAUUUUGGUUGUACUGCAGUAAAUAGAGAUGAUCUUAUUAAAAAUCACACUACAAUAAUUGCUAAAAAUCUUUAUGACACUACUGACAAUUUGAUAUUGAUUUGUGACGGUACAUANGCACGUCAUCAAAAAAGUUCAAACAACGAAUAUCAAAGAAAAUCCUAUUCAGGUCAAAAAAAAGUACCACUGUGCAAACCUUUCACGAUUUGCACAACUGACGGAUUUGUAGUUGACAUGCCAGGCCCAUACCUUGCUAAUCAAAAUGACGCUACAAUUAUGAAAGAUGUGAUAAGCGAGCCAAACGGUUUAUGUAGAUUGAUGAAACCAGGAGAUAUCUUUGUGUUUGAUCGAGGCUUUCGUGAUGUAAAAGAUGAACUGGAAACUAAAGGAUAUCAAGUAUUAAUGCCAUCAUUAAAAGNAAAGCGUAAUCAACUUACUGCAGAAGAAUCAAAUGCAUCGCGAUUUGUAACUAAAAUUCGCUGGCCCGUUGAAGCAGUUCAUGGAAAUAUAAAGCAAAAGUAUCAACUUCUUGAUAAAAUAAUCGACAACAAAAUGCUUUCGAAUGUUGGAAGUUAUUUUAAAAUAGCAUCUUUUCUACAUAAUAAGUUUGGUAAGCGAUUGACUUCUGAUAAGGAAAUCUUACAACAAGUUAUAGAAAGAAUGAAAUCGCAAAAAAAUGUUGAAAAUACAUUGGCUUAUGAAGUUGAAAGAAAUGGCUGGCUUCGGAAACGACUUCCUUUUGAAACGAUUUCAUCUAAGGAUUUAAAAAAUUUUCCAGAAAUGACCGAGAAGGACUUAAAAAUUNUGUUUACUGGCUCAUACCAAUAUAAGCAAGCAAUAUCGUAUUUAGCGGAGAUGAUAAAUGAUUCAGGAUUGAUAAACGUGCAAUAUGUAAAAGACAAAAGCAAUAUAUUGAAGGCUCAAGUGCAAUCACGUCACAUUGGGAGAAAAAGUUACCGAUGUUUUAUAGAGUACAAUUGUAACACUAUUGGAUACUCGGGAGUUUCAAGAUAUUUUUGUGAGUGUGCUAACGGAAGAAGAACGGUUGGAUGCUGUUCACAUGUUGCAGCAAUAAUCUAUUACUUAUCAUACGGACGAUAUUUGUCGAAAAUUCUCAAGCCUGCUCAAAUUCUUAGUGAAUUAUUCAAAAAAGAUAAUAUUAACGUAGUGAUAGAAAAUGACAGUGAUCAGGAUUAG